AAGAUUUUUAUUUAAUUGUCUAUCGAACGUCUGCGUGCGGGGUACUUAUGUGUCAAAAAACAAGCUUUGAAUGCUUUUCUUUCUUCCGGAAUUGUGACUUUAAUAUCUGUAUGUUUUGCGAGAUACAUGUUUGUCAAUUAAUUAACUCUGUGUUUCCUGAGGGGUGGCACCCUACCAGGCGCGUCCCCAGGUGGCGGAUAGGGGAACGGCCUAAGCGAAUGAGCGUAGGUCAAUGCUAGGAAUAAGGAUGCUCGUCGCUUAUGAAACAGCGACUGGUAGCAACCAAAUACAGCAUCGCGGACCAGCUACCUCGCCCGGUUGUCGUAUCGUGGCCAAGGGCUUGCACGGGGUUAAACGGUGCCGACAUGUGUUCGAUGUACGUCAACCAUGUCGAUAUACCAUGGACGAAUCUGGGUAGCUCGGGAUUGUGCGAGGGGUCUAGGUUUUACCGCCCGGACCGAACAUGAGAGAGGAACCAGUGUGUUCUACGCAACCUGACCUUCCAUCUACCGCAGUGGGGAAACCUAGGAGCUCCAGGUAUCUGUGGAUUGGUUGAGGUCGGAUCUAGCGAGAAAAGUUCCGUUCCGUGGGAGGGCGCGAAACGUCGAUUCGUCGAAGCGAAGAACAUCCCAAAACCAGUAACGGCAAACGCCUGGAGCCCCGGGGCUCAAGUAGAACCGGAGAAGAUCCUGAAAAGGAUCGAAUUGUUGGAGUUACAACCAGCAAUUGGCGUGUGGUAGACAUGGUGAAGGACAAGAUGGGGACUACUUGCAACCAUCGACCCUACGUGAACUUGACCAGAUUGACGUUCAAACUUCUCUCCAAGACGAAGGUAGAGGUGACAAGCAUGGAGUGCGAAGAGGUAACAUCAGUUGCGGAGCCCUCAGGGGAACCACAACCAACACCUACUAGAGGCAGUACCUAAUUCUGACAGUGGAAAAGAAUGGGAGCGAGAAAGGGGUUGUACUCGGAUCCGCAUACCGCCCUUAUACACCACCAACCACACAAGUUAGCACACUGGUGGAACACUGUCAGCGGAAAGGAUGGUAACUCCUUCUCGGAUGUGAUGCCAAUGCGUAUGAGGCAGCACCGACAUCAACGGAAGAGUUGUGUUUUCAAUGUUAUUAAUGAAAGAUGAGUUUACCAACAGAUUUUGGUCCUGAUUCAGGCGGCAGAAUAAAAGGAGUCUGUAUAGUCAAACCUAUUGUGUACGGCAAUGUCGCCCGAUAUUUUGGUAAGAAACGCGAAGAAGACGGACAUACUCACCAAUGGACGGUUUACGUAAAACCCUAUUACAACGAAGACAUGUCGGCUUUCAUUAAAAAGGUUCAUUUCAAGCUGCACGAGAGUUACACAAAUCAAAAUCGUAUAGUUGUAAAACCGCCAUACGAAAUAAGCGAGACCGGCUGGGGCGAAUUCGAAAUUGUAAUUAAGAUACAUUUCCACGAUCCUAAUGAACGUCCUGUUACCAUGUAUCACAUUCUGAAACUUUUUCAUAGCGGUAACACAAAUGACAUCGGUUUAGAGCAAGGCAAAGGGCUUGUCUCGGAGAGUUAUGAUGAAAUCGUGUUUCAAGAUCCCACACAGUUAAUGCAUCACUUGCUGACGAAUACUAAGCAGCUUACAUUGUCUGCAUGGGAUCACAAUACCAAUUCAUUCCUCAGGCUAAAGACCAAGCUCUCUGGGGUCAAGCAGAUGUCGCCAGUGACCCCAAAGAAGGAACGUCGGCAUGGCCGGAACAUCAUCCGAGAGUUUUUCAACCGAGCAACUGUUACAACGUGCUUGAGCCCGCUAUGGCUAUCACCUGUAAGGGUGCAUCAGAUCAUCCGCUGGGUGCAGAUUCCGUUAGCUGACGUGUCAGUUCCUAACAGAGUCUCAGGCGAGAGUACUGACAAAUGGCUAUUGGAACAUCUGUCUAAAGUUGGUGAAGUCAAAAUGACGAUCUCGUGAACGAAUUGUCGGAAGGGGGUACAAAGAGAAAAUGGACCGUCUGGACAAAACAUAUUUAAUGGUAGACUUCAAACUAAAAUACAUCGAGAACGGAGUGUCGGAAAAGGGUACUCAGAAAGUAGAGAUUGGAACGUUUGUACGAGACAUAUAUUUAUGGGCGAUGUGAAAACUUCAAGUGCUAAUAUUUCGAGAACGAAUUGUCGGAGGAGGGUACUGACAAAGAGAAAAUAGAACAUCUAUUUGUAACACCAAGACGAAUAUCUCGAGAACGGAGUGUCGGAAGAGGGUAUUCACAAGGUCUACUGAGUAGGGCAUAAGUUUAAGUGCGAAUAUUUAGAGAACGGAUUGUCGAAAAAGGAUGCUCACACAUGGAAAAUGGAACGUCUGGUGAGGCAUAUCUAUUGAUGGAGUUAAAGCUUGGAUUGCGAAUAUACCGAAAACGGAGUGUCAAAGGUGAGUACUCAAAUAGAGCGAUUAGAACGUUUGAUUGUAACAUAACUAUUGGCUAUAAUGUCGGUUUAAGUACGAAUACCGAUAACAGAGUGUCAGAGGAGCGUACUCACAGAAGGAAAAUGGAACAAUAAUGGAUGAAAAGGUGGUCAAUUCAGUUGAAUAGAUGAUUUCAAAAUUAGUUGGCUCGUUUCAAGAGCAACUUUUGUGCGAGGAUGCUCAAAUUAGUCAUAUCAAUUGUGUUGUAACAAUUAUCAAAUUAUUGUCUAAAUAAUCUCUUAAUUGAUGGUCUCAUGCCUGCCUAAACCGUUCAUCGGAUUGCGCGUAAAUUUUGAGGAAUGGAGGACGUAUCCUCGCGAAUGCUUCUAAUUUAGUAAAACACUUUCCGAAAUUCCUGAGGGAAACGGGGAAAAACUGGAAUUCCCAGCGGGUCAGCAACAAUAAUUUUAAACUCAUUUUAUUAACUCCGAAACUAUUAAAUACAGUUUCAACGACGAAGAGUAGGUAAUACACGUAAAUCUAUGUAUAUUAUACUUAAAGGGUCUCGUGACAGAUGAGAAGAAUUUACUCCCGUGCAAAACGCACAGUCAUACCGAACGAGUUCAGUGUACAAUUUUGUAAAAUUCCAUUGUGGGCUAUCAAUUGCGGAUUCCUUGAUGAUUACAUUACAACAAUUACUUACUUCCACUACUUAUAGUCAUAGGUCACUGCUUUUACAAUCAAUAAAUAAUUAUCUCCGUCAACAUUGUCACAUAUUCACAGAAGCGGAACUAAUUCGACAUUGUACGUUCGUAAAUGACGUACACUUUUUUUUUCAAUUAAUUUGGCAAAGGAAGAACUAUACAAUUUUCAAAGUAACAGGUAUGUACUUAUUAGAAAUUUGCUAUUAUCUUCGUAUGUAAUAACAUUCUGUUGGUGCAAUCAAUACCUAGGCUCGCGUCGUUUCCCAAUUGUGGUGAUAAUAAUUAUUGGCGAAGACUUUUGUUGAAAAUUUCCCGCUUGUUG